AUGGCUCCCAAGCAGGCCACCUUGGGAAAGUUCUUCGGGAAGGCCUCCCAGCCCGCUCCCACACAGCAGACCAAGCUCUCCUUCUCUACCAAGGCGAGUGGCUCGAGCUCGAAAGCCAAGGGGCCCCCGGCGGAAUCCGAGGGGACGGACGCCGACGCUGCUGCUGCCGAUAACGACGACAAGGAGGAACCCCGCACUGUCACCAUCUCCUCCAGGCCGAAUACGAAACAGGCCGCCGGCAGCAGCCGCAAGACAGCGAAGCGCGACGAGUCCGAUGAUAAUGCUCUCGAGGAGGACCAGCCGCCGGCCAAAAAGGCUCGACGGGGACGUCCGCGCAAGGUUGUGGACGAUGACGACGAGGACCAAGUGAUGGAGGCUGCCCCUGAAACCAAGCGAAGCCGAAGCAAGUCGCAGGGUUCUGUCGCCAAAGAGACGAAGCGCAGCCGGAGCAAGUCACAGGACUCUGUCACGAAGGAGACCAAGCGCAGCCGGAGCAAGUCGCAGGACUCUAUCACCAAAGAGGAUAAGGGGAAGGCAGAUAAAAAGCAGGAUAUGGCCGAGGAUGUGCCAUGCAAGCCCAAACGCUCCAAGGGAACCGCCCGGUCAGGGGCCAAAUCCCCAAAACCGUCCAAAGGCUGCAAGGCGACUGCCGUGAAGGAAGAGGAGGAGGAGGAGGAGGAAGAUGAUGUCUCUGAUAAAGAUGCCUCGAGCGCAGAGUCUGCUUCGGAGGCUGGGAAUAGCGCAAGCGAAGACGAGAAGCCGGAGGUGAAGGCCAAGGUGCGCAAGUCGGUGCAGAAGACAUUGUCCAAGCCUAUCACGAAGGACCCUUUCCCGGAUUGGAAGCCGGGUGAGCCGGUUCCCUACGCGGCCCUUUGCGCAACGUUCUCGCUCGUUGAGCUCACUACCAAGCGGCUCAUAAUCACGGAGUACUGCUCCCUGUUCCUGCGUCAGGUGCUGCGGCUGACCCCCGGCGACCUCCUCCCCACUGUGCUGCUGAUGAUCAACAAGCUGGCUGCCGACUAUGCGGGCAUCGAGUUGGGCAUCGGCGAGUCACUCAUCAUGAAGGCCAUCGGCGAGUCUACAGGACGCAGUCUAGCGGUGAUCAAGCAAGACCAAAAGGAGAUUGGCGACCUCGGUCUGGUAGCCGUCAAAUCACGGUCAACGCAACCUACAAUGUUCAAGCCGAAGCCGCUGACGGUCCGAGGUGUGCACACGGUCCUGGUUGGCAUCGCCACGAUGUCGGGCAAUGGUGCGCAGGGGCGUAAGGUCGAUAUGAUCAAGAAGCUGCUGUCCGCGGCCGACGUCAACUUGACGGGCAAGGUUGACAUCACCAAGGACAAGGGCGGCCCUAGCGAGGCCAAGUAUCUGGUUAGGUUCCUGGAGGGGAAAUUGCGUCUGGGACUGGCCGAGAGGACGGUCCUGGUGUCGCUCGCGCAGGCAAUCAUAGCUCAUGAGGCGACACAAAAGGGCAAUGUGCCUAGCCCAUCGGAUGUCGAAAAGGCCGAGGCGAUGCUCAAGACAGUGUACAGCGAGUUGCCUAGCUAUGAAACUAUCAUCCCAGCAGUGCUGGAGCAUGGUAUCAUGAACCUCAAGGAGAACUGCAAGCUCCGGCCAGGCAUUCCCUUGAAGCCCAUGUUGGCCAAGCCGACCAAGGCCAUCACCGAGGUGCUGGACCGGUUCGAAAACCAAACCUUCACUUGCGAGUACAAGUACGACGGCGAGCGGGCGCAGAUUCACUAUGUGGCCAAGGAUGCAGACGAGGAGCUCAGCCAGUCGCUGCCGGGAGCCAACAAAACCACUGGAGCGGGCGUAGCGGCCAUCUUCUCGCGCAAUUCUGAGGACCUGUCCAAGAAGUAUCCCGACAUCCUGGCUAAGCUGCACACGUGGAUCAAGGAAGAUACCAAGAGCUUCGUGCUCGACUGCGAAACAGUGGCGUGGGACGUGGUUGAGAAGAAGGUGCUUCCGUUCCAGCAGCUCAUGACACGCAAAAAGAAGGAUGUCAAGAUCGAGGACGUCAAGGUCAAGGUCUGCGUCUUUGCCUUUGAUCUGCUGUACCUCAACGGAGAGGCCGUGGUGGAGAAGUCGCUGCGCGAGCGGAGGGAGCUUCUGGCGGCCUCGUUUGAACCUGUUGAGGGCGAGUUUGCCCUGGCCACGCACAUGAACGGUCGAGAGCUCGAUGAGAUCCAGACGUUCCUGGACGAGAGCGUCAAGGCGUCGUGCGAAGGGCUGAUGGUGAAGAUGUUGGACGGAGCCGAAAGCGGGUACGAGCCCAGUAAGAGGAGUCGCAAUUGGUUGAAGAUCAAGAAAGACUACCUCUCGGGCAUUGGCGACUCUCUGGACCUGGUGGUGCUGGGCGCGUACCACGGCAAGGGCAAACGCACGUCGGUGUACGGGGCGUUCCUGUUGGCGUGCUAUAACCCGUCGAGCGACACGUACGAGACGAUCUGCAACAUCGGCACUGGAUUCUCGGAAGCAGUGCUGGAGGAGCUGCACUCGCAACUCAAAGACACGGUCAUCGACCGACCCAAGCCGUUUUACUCGCACAGCUCUGGCGGGCAGCACCAGCCAGACGUCUGGCUCGAGCCGCGGCUGGUGUGGGAGGUCAAGACGGCGGAUCUCACGCUCAGUCCCAGGUACAAGGCCGGGUGCGGCGAGGGCGUCGACCCGGCGGGGGCCAAGGGCAUCAGCCUGCGAUUCCCGCGCUUCAUCAAGCUCCGCGACGACAAGAAGCCCGACGAGGCCACGUCGAGCCGGCAGGUGGCCGAGAUGUACCGCAAGCAGGAGAGCGUGUCCAAGAGCAAGGGGCCUUCGGUUGAUGACGACUUUGAGUACUGA